CGAAAGCGUUUUUGUUGUUUCAAAACACAAUCGUCUCUCUGCCGAAACUGCCCGACCGUAAAAAGUGCAUUUAACCAAACCCAAUCAGCGACCAAUUGACGAGCCAUGGCCGCGGAGGAGCUGAUCACCUACCGCCGCUGCAUCGGCCAGCAGCUGGAGGAGCUCGAGCUGCUGAGCUCCAUUUACUGCGCACCCGGAGAGCUGCAGAUGCUCGAUGCCGGGGUCGUGGCCGACUUCAGUGAGUUCCUCGCGGCGGACGAGGGUCGGCCCGCUGCCGAUCUGCUCUCGCACCUGGAGUACGUGGUCAAGUUGAGCCUGCCCGCCCAGCAGAGCGUGGAGGUCCGAGUGGAGCUGCCGCACCUCUAUCCGCUUUUGGAGUGGGCACGGGUCAGCGUGCAUACUCCUCUGCUGGGAAAAUCCAGGGAGCAGCGCCUGAAGAGCGACUUGGAGCAGUUCCAGAGCGAAAGGCGGCAGGAGGACGCCGAGCCGUACAUCUUCCAGCUGCUGAGCUGGCUGCAGGAGCACAUCGAGGACCUCUUGCAGCGCCCCGCCUCCGAGUUUGUGGUGCAGCCCGCAGAACCACAAGAUCCCCCGCAGAACCACAAGACGCCCUCCCACCUGGAGCGGAUGUGGAUUUACUCCCACCACAUCAAGUCCACCGCCAAGCGGCAGGAGCUCGUGCGCCAGGCCCGCCAGCUGCAGCUCACUGGCUUCAGCAGACCCGGCAAACCAGGCAUCAUAUGUGUCGAAGGGGAGUCCGAGAAUGUCCAGGAGUUCUGGCGCACCAUCAAGGCGCUUCGGUGGCAGAAGAUCAGCGUGGUGAGAACGGAACCGCGGCAGCGCAAGCGCGGAUUCGAGGACUUCAGCGAGCAGCUCUUCAACGCCGAGGAGGGAGUGAUGAACAUGGGCCAGUUCAUCCGGUUCCUCGAGAGCCACGGCUUUGGCUACAUGAAGUCUGAAUUGUUUGGUUUAGCCUGAGCGGUUUGGCCGUCGAAAUUCUAAUUGUAAAUAAAGUUUGUUAUGCGAGUUAA